UAUUACAUAGCAGAACAACUGCCUGUCUGGUUCUGCACAAAUGUUAAUAAAUGCCAUCUGAUCCCUGGAGAACAUCUUUCUGGCCUAGAUUUGUAUUUAAAGGGGAGUUUUCAUUCCAUUUUCUGUGUAAAUGAAAUAGUCCAUGGCAACCAUUCUUAUAAUCUAUUCUUAAUUAGAAGAACGAAGAAAAGUCUGUAAUAGAACAGAACAACGAAACAUUGAAGAGCUGUAUGCUAGUGAUAAAGUAACGAAAGUAGAAAAACCUUCCUCUGACUUACGUACCUGGGAGAGCUGAGUGAAUAAAAACCUUUUUUGUUGGUGUUUUUGCUUUUUAGAAAGAUUUUUUUGUUUUGCAUAGGAUAAGGAUUAUAAAAUACAACCACUAGCAGCAGGCAGGCCAGAUAUCCUGUCUGUUAGUCACUUUUGGAAGUGUUAACUCAAGUGUCCAACAUGAUAUUCCAUAGAGGGUCAGGUUUCGAGAAAGUGAGAUUUCCAAAAUCAUUAGCCACUUAAAACCAUUGACAGUUGUUUCUGGGUGUUAUUGCUUGCCUUUUUAUGAGUUUUGCUUCCUGCUGUCAGUACUCUAGCAUCCACCCUCUGCUUCGUCCUGAAAGGUUCAGACAGGACGCUGAGUUUGUAUAUGUAUUUCAGAAGGGAUCAUCUGAAAAGUGCAGUAACUUGUAUACUCUGCUGUUGCAUGCAGGCAGAUUAGUGCCUAGAUUCUACAUAAAUUUUUUUAUACUGGUUUGGAUUUGUUUCAUAAUGAAACAACGUGAAACUUAUUACACAACACAAGGUAUAUACACAGAUUAUACUGCUUAAUGAGCCAUAUCGUGCUCAUCGUUACUAAUGACUGGGGGAAAAAACAAGUAUUGCUAUGCUUUAAACGUGUGCAUGGGAUCUAGAAUUAAUGGCAUUCUCAGAAGUGGACACUGAUUAUGAGACCUGUCUGAACAGAAUUCAUUCAAAGUAGUGGUUUAAAGCAGGCUACUAGUGAAUGAAGAAAAGACACAAAUGUUAAUAUGGGCUUGUUCUCUUUGAAAUCACGUCAGUGAUUAUUCCUAGCCUUUUUGCAGUGCCAAUGGGAAAACUAAAGAGAGUUUUCAAACCAGCUUGAGAAGACAGCCAGAGAGCCAAUGAUCAAAUAUACUUUCACUGCAAAUAUAGCUUGGUGUUUGUCCAGUUAAAUAAUGUACUUUAUGGGGAAUUUUGAAGUGUAUCUCCAUCAGCCUAUACAUAAUGUAAAAUUUAUGUGUAACUUGAGCGUGACAGUGCUUCUUCUGAUGAUGUUCCAGAUGUGGAAGGCUACUGCAGGUCACACCAUUUCUGUCAAUCAGGAUGAUGGAGCUGAUGACUGGGAGACAGAUCCUGAUUUUGUGAAUGAUGUGAGUGAGAAAGAACAGCGCUGGGGGGCUAAAACUGUGAAAGGAUCCGGCCAUCAAGAGCACAUCAACAUUCAUCAGCUGAGAGAGAACGUCUUCCAAGAACACCAGAACCUCAAAGAGAAGGAGCUUGAAACAGGACCAAAAGCCUCCCAUGGCUAUGGAGGGAAAUUUGGUGUGGAACAGGAUCGCAUGGAUAAAUCAGCUGUUGGACAUGAAUAUCAAUCCAAGCUUUCUAAACAUUGCUCUCAAGUGGAUUCAGUGAAAGGGUUUGGAGGCAAGUUUGGAGUACAAACAGAUAGAGUUGACCAGUCAGCUGUUGGGUUUGAAUAUCAAGGGAAAACUGAGAAGCAUGCCUCUCAAAAAGACUACUCGAGUGGUUUUGGUGGAAAAUACGGAGUACAGGCUGACAGGGUAGACAAGAGCGCGGUGGGAUUUGAUUACCAGGGUAAAACUGAGAAACAUGAGUCACAGAAGGAUUAUUCCAAAGGCUUUGGUGGGAAAUAUGGUGUUGACAAGGACAAAGUGGACAAAAGUGCUGUUGGCUUUGAAUAUCAAGGCAAAACGGAAAAACAUGAAUCACAGAAAGAUUAUGUGAAGGGGUUUGGAGGCAAGUUUGGUGUGCAGACAGACAGACAAGACAAAUGUGCGCUUGGCUGGGAUCACCAGGAGAAAGUGCAGCUACAUGAAUCCCAGAAAGACUAUAAGAGUGGUUUCGGAGGGAAAUUUGGUGUACAGAGAGAAAGGCAGGACCCAUCUGCUGUGGGGUUUGAAUACAAGGAGAAACUAGCCAAGCAUGAAUCUCAACAAGAUUACUCAAAAGGAUUUGGCGGGAAGUAUGGUGUACAGAAAGAUCGGAUGGAUAAGAAUGCAGCAACUUUUGAAGAUAUUGAGAAACCAACAUCAACUUACCAGAAGACCAAGCCAAUAGAAGCUGUCACUAAUAAAACAAGCAGCAUCCGAGCUAACUUUGAAAACCUAGCCAAGGAAAAAGAGCAGGAAGACCGAAGGAAGGCAGAAGCUGAAAGAGCACAAAGAAUGGCUAGGGAGAAACAAGAACAGGAGGAGGCUCGAAGGAAACUAGAGGAACAAGCUAAAGCCAAAAAACAAACUCCACCACCAUCUCCUACCACACAGCCAGCUGAACAGAAGGCACCCUCAAGCCCAGUCUAUGAGGAUGCAGUUUCCUGUGAAGCAGAGUCUGCCUACAAGAAUUCUAGUGCAACAUAUUCAGCUGCACAGGAGCCAGAAUCUGGCUACAAAGCUGCAGAGUCGGACUACCAAGAAGCAGUAAGUCAGCGAGAGCCGGAAUAUGAGCCGGAGACGGUCUAUGAAGUGGCAGGGGCAGGAGACCAUUAUCAAGCAGAAGAAAAUGCUUAUGAUGAAUAUGAAAAUGAACUUGGAAUUACAGCCAUAGCCCUUUAUGAUUAUCAGGCUGCCGGUGAUGACGAGAUUUCCUUUGAUCCAGAUGACAUCAUCACAAACAUAGAAAUGAUUGAUGACGGCUGGUGGAGGGGUGUCUGCAAAGGCCGAUAUGGGUUGUUCCCAGCGAAUUAUGUGGAGCUGAGACAAUAGAGACGAUUGUCUACUAGAUAUGCCUUAAUUCCCCAGUCAAUAAAUCUGACUUAAUACACUACAAAUCAUGAUGCUUUUCUGAGGAUAGAGGGGUAUAUACAUAUUGCUUUUAUAUUUAAUACCUUGCUGAUGCUUUUUAAAAUGUUUAUGCCACAGAAGUUGCUAAUAUAUUGUAAUGAUUAUGUUCUUCACUAAGGCUCUUAAAAUGGUUUUCAUGCAUUUUGAAACAUUUCUUCUCUGCCAAAUGAGCAAUUGUCAUAAAAAGCCUUUCCAAGGGCAGUUAGCUGUCUGUCUUAAUAUUGCAUGUUUUACUCGUAAGUGAGCAGAUUUACCUAGUGUUUAAGUCUAGUUAGUCUUCCACUAAAUGUUAUCAGCUAAGAAAAUCAUGGCUAUGCAGGUUAUUUGCAUUUCCGCCAAGCGGGGGUGGGGAGGACUGGGGAGGGGCAUAAUUUUUUCUUUUCUUUUCCAGAUAGUGCGUGAAAAGGAGAAGAGAAUGCUUGGGAGUUGCAGCUAAUGGCAGUUAAUCAAGUACUGGCCAAUAUUUAGGGAAUAAUAAUGUUACGAAGGAAACAGUCUGGUUACUUUUUCCUUCUCUUUUGAAGUGAGGUUUCUUGGCUCUUGCAUGGAUUUUCCUGGUCUUGCUCUUCCUCUUCAUGUUAUCCCAGAGGAGGGCUGCAAACACUCUAGUGCUGAUUGUCCCUAAUCUCUUCACUGCUGUUUCUUUGUUUUACCCUCCCCUCUCCUCUAUCCCAGGGAAACGUUAAAAAGUUGCUAUACAAGUGUUGAGUCACCCAGAGAGAUUCCUACUUGUUCAAAGGGAAACUGACAUCCAAAUCUGUGCGACUACCUACGGGAAUAGUCUCAUUGCUUUAAAAUGGGAAAAAAAGGCAGCAUGGAAUUGCAGUUGCAUUCUGUGUACAAUACAUCCUUUGUUCAUACAAUGAAACAGGCAGGCCUGCUGUGCAGUAAUAACAUUUUAUAUAACCAUAUUUAAGUCAAGGAACGUUACACAAAUAGUUUGAUUUAAAACCGUUAUAGAUAAUCUCCAUUUCUAAGCCACACAGAGACACUAUACUUCUUUGUACAUUCAGCAGAAACUGCCGGUAACAUUCUACUAAACAAUGGAAUUAACUCUGUUCUUUGCCAAAAUUAAAACUGAAAUUCUUGUCAUUCUAAAAAGCUGACUUCACUGCAGAUUUAGGGUCCCUACCAAAGAUAGUAAGUUGCAUCUAAUAGUGCACAUGUUAAAUGUAUGUACUGUCUGUUUCCACCUUCUGAUCAAAAUGGGAAUGGCAGAAUUGGUAUAGUAGCUAAGAAAGAAUGCAAAAACUUUUAUCAACUGUAAAUUUGGACCAAUGGAAUAUAGAAGAACUUGUAUAAAAUGGUAAAAUGUAUAAUGUAUCUAGGAAGAAGGCAUCAUGUUGAAACCAAUCCUUGGAUGGUUGGGACAAUCCUUAAUGAAUGUCAUAUGUAUGUCAUGAUUAUAUAUAUAUUUUUUCUUUCCCAUGGUCUCAUUUCUGUGUUGUAUUUGCAUUACUAGGGUUGGGUUUUAUAUGCAGUUUAUUUUAUCCAAUUUUGCAUAGACACCUCAUAGGGGAUAUGAUUUUUGUAAAUUAAAUAUUCAAUAAACUUUUUGAACAAUUUGCAUGGAA